AUGCGCGUUGUUGCGGGAGGACCUAGAGAGACGCUUACAGUGGUACUAGGGACAUCCUCUAUCGUCGAUGAGAUCACACAUGAACCCAUCCUGUCGAUUCUGUCGCUGAUUGUUGAGACGGCGAUCAAACUACGGCGAGAUGGACACCGGGUCGUCAUUGUCUCCUCGGGGGCCGUGGGUGUCGGCUUACAGAGAAUGAACAUGCCCAAACGGCCUAAACACCUUGCACAGGUCCAGGCUCUUGCGGCCAUCGGCCAAUCCAGGCUGAUGUCGAUCUGGGACUCGUUGUUUGCACACAUGAACCAACCCGUGGCUCAGAUCCUCAUCACGAGGAACGACAUUGCCGAUCGGUCGCAGUAUCUCAAUGCGCAGAAUACGCUGGCCGAGGUCCUUUCACUCGGCGUGAUCCCCGUUGUGAACGAGAACGACACGCUCGCCGUGUCUGAGAUCAAGUUCGGCGACAACGACACCCUAUCGGCGAUCGCCUCGGCAAUGGUCCAUGCAGACUAUUUGUUUCUCAUGACUGACGUCGACUGCCUGUAUGAUAAGAAUCCACGCAAAUUUUCUGACGCGCAACCCAUCCUCGUGGUGGACGACAUCGACUCCCUGCAGGUCGACGUGUCUUCAGCUGGUUCGGCCUUGGGGACGGGAGGGAUGGCCACCAAGAUUGUGGCCGCCCGCCUCGCAACGGCCGCAGGUACAUCGACCAUCAUCACUAAAUCUUCCAAGCCCGGCAACAUCGCUGCCGUCAUCCGCCAUCUACAUCCGCCCGUCGACGCGGACACUGGCGCUGCUGAUGCCACUGGCUCCGACUCGGUUCCUCCUCCGCUGCACACACGCUUCACCGCGUCCAGCACGCCGAUCCGCAACCGCGCGUUCUGGAUCUUACACGGCCUCGCGCCCCACGGGAUCAUCUAUGUCGACCGCGGCGCAAGCCAGGCACUGGUGAAUAAGGCCGGUCUGCUCCCCGUCGGCGUGGUCAGGGUGGAAGGUACGUUCGCGCAGCAGGAAGCCGUGCGCCUUGUGGUCGUCGACAAGCAGCCGCUUGGCAGCUUAUCGCCCUCAGGCGACUCGAACAAUGCGUCCGCAGUGUUGCAGCUUGUCCAGCCCGUCGAGGAGAUUGGCCGUGCCGUGGUCAACUACUCGUCCGCCGAGAUCUCCCGCAUCAGGGGUCUGCGCAGCUCCGAGAUCAGAAGCGUCCUUGGCUACGCCGACAGUGAGUACGUCGCUUUCCGCGAGAACAUCAGCCUCCAUGCCACCCCUGACAAGAGUCGACCCGGCACCCCCAGUGGCUUUCACACCCCAAACAAGGAGAGAACCCCGGACAGCAGCGUUGCGGACUUGCGCAUCGGGCAGUGA